AUGCUAAAAGAUCACCCUAUAACCCUCCCUGCUGUUCUCGAAGCGCGCUACGACAGUAGGGACUACCAAGACAGCCCGAGAUGUGAGAGCGGUACUCGAGUCCGCAUUCAGGAGACAAUCUACAGUUGGGCAGACGAUGACUUUGGCGAACCGUUCUUCUGGCUCGUGGGCCCAGCGGGGACCGGCAAAUCCACCGUUGCGCGGACCAUUACAGACUCUUGGGCUGAGCAGAAACGACUUGCCGCUGGUUACUUCUUCAAAAGAGGAGAAAAGGGCCGCAAUGAUACCAGUCGGUUUUUCGCCACUAUUGCUAUCCAGUUGGCUGAUACGAUUCCCUACUUUCAAGAGCAUCUUCGGCGCUCUAUCGACAGUCUGGGCACAGAUGAAAUCGGAGAGAGAGGCCUUGAGACGCAGUUUGACAAGCUCAUUCUGAGUCCCCUGAUGGCCCUCGUUUCCGUCAACAUGAGCCAACCGCCGAUGGUGAUCAUCAUCGAUGCUUUGGAUGAGUGCGAGCGCCCUGAGCAUCUCUCGCAGAUCAUAAAGCUACUAGACAAGCUUCGAGACAUCCACGCAGUACGCUUGCGUAUUCUUUUCACGAGCAGGUCCGCACCUGAGGUCAACGCGGCAUUUGAGCCAUCUAUCAACCACAAGAGUGCUCGAAAGUUUGAGCUUCACCGCGGAUUCUUUGAAGAUACCAAGUCCGACAUUAAGACCUUCCUAAUGGUCAGAUUCGCAGAAAUCAAAACCAGUCGCGAUGUGCAGCAGGACCCGUGGCCCGACGUUGAAGAUUUGACUCGUAUGGUUCAACUAGCUACGUCCCCUGAACCCCUUUUCAUCUAUGCUGCAACUCUUUGCCGUUUCGUCUAUGACAAGAAAAGACCAAGCAACCCGAAGAAACAGCUCAAGCUAUGGCUUAAGCAAUGCGAAGAGGGCAAGUCUCAGCUACAUCAGAUCUAUGAUCCCAUUCUCCGUCAGAUACUUCUUAGCGACGAGGGAGCAGAAUCUGGCCAGCAGCUGCAGUUCCUAGGAGCUCUUGUUCUUCUUGCCACCCCGCUAUCUGCUGCCUCACUCACCGCUCUCCUGGCACUUUUGGGCAAGGUCUCGGAUGGUGCCGCUGCGAUGGAGCAACUUCUCGCUAUGUGCCAGCGGUCACCCAACAAACAACUUAGCGAUUUCAUCAAAGAUGUUAGCAAGGUUAUUGCAAGUUUCGGAUCUAUGAUUGAGCAGACACCUCUUCAGAUUUAUAGGGCAUUGAUAUUGUUCUCUCCAGUUGCGAGCAAAGUGCGGCAAAGCUUUUUCGAUCAAUAUCUACGGAAUCUCCUUAUUCAGGGCGUAAAGUCAGAUUGGGAUGCGCACCGCCAGAUACUUGAGGGCCACGGCAACUCAGUCAGGUCCGUAGCCUUCUCACCGGACGGCAAGGUGGUAGCGACCGCUUCAGAGGACAAGACAGUACGGCUCUGGGACGCCGCUACAGGUGCACCCCGCCAAACACUCGUGGGCCACACGCACUCAGUCAGGGCGGUUGCCUUCUCGCCAGAUAGCCAAGUAGUGGCAUCAGCGUCAUUUGACGAGACAGUACGGCUCUGGGACGCCGCAACGGGCAAAUACUGCCAGAUACUUAAGGGCCACACAGCAUCGGUAUUGGCAGUAGCCUUCUCACCAGACGGCAAGGUGGUAGCAUCCGCUUCAGAGGACGAGACAGUACGGCUCUGGGACGCCGCUACAGGUGCACCCCGCCAAACACUUGUGGGCCACAGCGACUCAGUCAGGGCAGUUGCCUUCUCGCCAGAUAGUCAAGUAGUGGCAUCAGCGUCGUUUGACGAGACAUUAAGGCUCUGGGACGCCGCAACAGGUGCACACCACCAAACACUCGAGGGCCACAACGGCCAGGUCAAUACAGUAGCCUUCUCACCAAACGGCCAGGUGAUAGCAUCAGCGUCAAGCGAUGAGACAGUGCGGCUCUGGGACCAACGUCACACACUCAAGUACUACAGCGACUCAAUCAGGGCGUUAGCCUUCUCGCCAGACGGCCAGGUGAUAGCAUCAGCAUCAAGCGACAAAACAGUACAGCUCUGGGACGCCGCCACAGUGGCCUUCUCACCAGAUAGCCAAGUAGUGGCAUCAGUUUCAGAGGACAAGACAGUACGGCUCUGGGACGCCGCCACAGCCGGUUGCGACCCCGACAGCACCUUGACGCUGGUGAACAUCACUUCAAGCGCCAGACAGUCCUUCUUCUGA